GGAGAUGCACGUCGGGGAGAAGUUGGUGGCGGUCACGCUGCUUUGGCUGCUGGUGGCCGUUCCCGAACGCGCCUUGGCCCAUAGCGGAGAAGAGGACCCUCCGCGUUCCCAUGCAGAUCCUCCUGGACACAAAGCUGGCGGUCACUGGAGCUACGCAGGCAAGGCACAGUGGCCCUCCACUUUUCCCUCUUGUGGGGGCCACCUGCAGUCCCCGAUCGACAUUGACACAGGGGCCACCAUCUUCAGCCCCCAGCUGGGAGCCCUCCUGUUGUCCGGCUACGACCUGCCUCCAGGAGAGAGACUCUGCCUGCAAAACAACGGACACACAAUUGUUUUAAAGCUACCGGAGAACAUGACUCUCACCGGCGGGGGGUACCUGCAGCCAUACCGAGCAGUCCAGCUACACCUGCACUGGGGCUCUGCACAUGGCGUGCCUGGCUCUGAGCACACGGUCGACGGGCACCGCUUCGCUGGCGAGAUCCAUGUGGUCCACUACAAUUCCCAGUUUAGCAGUUUCCAUGAUGCUGUCCAAGAGCCUGGAGGGCUGGCUGUCCUGGCGGCAUUUCUUCAGGUUGGGGAGGAGGAAAACGAGGCGUAUCAGCACAUCCUUGAAUCCUUGAAAGAGGUCCAAGAGGAAGGGGAGAAGACGUUCAUUGCAGGCUUUGACGUGGCCAAACUGCUUCCUCAUGACCUCAGCCGCUAUUUCCACUACAACGGCUCACUGACCACGCCGCCCUGCUAUCAAACAGUCAACUGGACAAUCUUCAACCAGACCAUUCAGCUGUCCCAGGAUCAGAUAUCCAUGCUGGAGGACACCCUCCGAGGAGACAAUGACGAGCCCCUCGAGGGCAACUUCCGCCCACAACAGAGUCUGCAGGGCCGAACAGUUCUGGCAAGCUUCCUGGUGCCCCAUAGCCCAGAAGGGGCUCAUCCACCUGGCGAAGAAGAUCCUCCCAGGACCCUCGUCCCCCGUGGGCCUCCAGAGGGAGAGGAUGGACCAGUGGCACCUACUGAAGAUGUGGGGCUUUACUCCACCCCGGUCAGUGGCCCAAAAGGAGGCUCUGGCUCAGCGUCCGAAGAUCGCCCAGCUGUGGGAGGUGGGAGCCGCUCUGUGGGAGCAGGCCCUGCUGAGACGCAGGUCGGGUCCUCCGUGCACACAGGAGACGUCCUGGCGGUUCUCUUUGGGGUGCUCUUCGCCAUCACGGGCCUCGCAUUCCUCGUCUAUGUCCGGAAGCACCGGAGGCAGAACUGCAGAUUGGAUGCUUCAGCAGCCAAGGCCAACAUCAUCUAUACUCCUGCCACCACCACUGAAGAACAGGCCGUCUAGGAUGCUGCUUCCCCCCCCCACAGGCCAGAGGGAGACUGGUACCGGGUUGGUCUUGGGAAAUCUUUUGCCUCAUGGCCUGGCCAUCUUCCCUCCUGACCCCCC